ACCCUACUCUUUAUAAAUUCUAGGGUUUUUCGUUGCUUCUCUCCUCCCCGAGUCCCGACGCUUCCUUCCUCUUCAGUCUUCAGUACCAACUUCUCUUCUCACUCUGCAACCAUGGCCGUUGUUGCUUCAUCCGCCGGUCAAACUGCAGAUUUACUUGAGAACCUGUCAUUGGAAUCUCAGACCAAGAUAACUGAUAUUUCAGAUCAUGUAAAGAAAUCUACUGAUGGUUAUGGAGCAAGUGACUUGACUAGUAAUCCAGCUAAGCAAUUGCCUCGCUCAGCAAGCCCUUUUCAUGUCAACCCAAGUCCUUAUUAUUUCCCCACUCCUUACUAUUAUGGAGGUUAUGAUGGGCAUGGCAACGAUUGGAGCGACUAUAGUAGAUCUGUAACUCCUGAUGGAGUUGAGAUGCAACAGGGUAUGUUUCAUGACAAUGAUGCUGCUAUGUUCUCCCAAGGUUAUGGUUAUCCACCUUUUGGAUCAUAUAUGCCAGCACCGGAUAGCCAUCUGCAGGGGACGCAGCAGUACCCUGCUUCAGAUAAUAUCCUUCACUCGUCCAGCCAUGUUGGUUCUCUUCCAAAGGAGAUUCAAGCUCAAGCCACGGGCGACAAUAUACCUUUAGGUGUUGGAACUGCAGCUGGGGGUAAUGCUGGAGGUCUGAGUAAAAAUAAUGGAAAACCUUUCAAACCAAGUACCCAAAAUUCGUUUUCGAAAACAGGUGUUUCUUAUAAAAAUGGAGGUGGCCGAACAUCUUAUCCUCCAUCAAGUUAUCAGGAUCUGUGGCCUGGUUAUGGUGGAUUUCAAUCAUUCCCCUGGUUGGAUGCUCCUAUGCUUUCUAAUGGGUCAUCAAAACAUGGAAGUGGUGGUUUCUCUUCGGGACUGAAUUCACAGUCAACAAGACCUACUUCUGCCUUUGGCAAAGGUGCUGGAUACAUGAUGUACCCACCUAAUGGAAUGUAUACUCCCUAUGGAAAUGGAGCUGCUGCUGGUUUUGGUUCCUUUGGCUAUAACUCUUGGACAAAUGGGCAUGGGUGGAUGGUUGUCGAUAACAAGUACAAAUCAAAGAGUCGUGGCUAUGGCAAUGAGAAUAUAGAUGGGUUAAGUGAGUUGAAUAGGGGACCUAGGGCCAAGAGUUUUAAGAACAACAAGGAGAUUGGCGCUGGUGCAGAAUCUGCUGUAGAAGGGCAAAGCGUUCCAUCAACAGAGACUAACAAAGAGGAGAAGUUUGAACAGUAUAACAGGGAAGAUUUCAAGGAGGAAUACGCAGAAGCCAAAUUCUUCGUCAUCAAAUCAUAUAGUGAAGAUGAUGUACAUAAAAGUAUCAAGUAUGGUGUUUGGACGAGCACACUUAAUGGUAAUAAGAAGCUGGAUGCAGCCUACCAGGAAGCCCAAGCUAAUCCUGGCGGUUGUCCUGUGUUUUUGUUGUUCUCAGUAAACACUAGCGGACAAUUUGUUGGCUUGGCAGAGAUGGUUGGUCGUGUUGAUUUUGACCAAACUGUGGAGCAUUGGCAGCAAGAGAAAUGGAAGGGAUGCUUCCCGGUUAAGUGGCAUAUUGUUAAGGACAUACCAAACAGUUCUUUGAGACACAUCACACUUGAAAACAAUGAAAACAAACCUGUGACAAACAGUCGGGACACUCAGGAGGUCGACACUGAGAAGGGUGUUCAGAUUCUAAAAAUUUUCAAGAGUUGUGUGAUCAAGACAUCCAUCUUGGAUGAUUUUGGGUUUUAUGCAGCCCGUGAGAGGGUAAUGCAAGAGAGAAGGGCCAGGCAGAGGACUCAAAGGCAGGUUUCUGAAGGCAAGUCCGGCGAUAAUGUGACCCCUCAUGUAGGUGCUGUGAAGCAUCUGGAAAAGGAUGGAUCGAAUGGAGUAGUUGAAGUCGCUGGCCUGAACGUGAAGUCUAUUGUCUCGUCCGAGACCAAAGCUACAACUGCAAAUGACUGCUAAUUUUUGGGUAGCUUUUAGGAGUUUAGAGUCUAGGGAUCAAGGGGUGAUUGAAUUUCUGGACUUCUGAUAAUGAAUUCUAAUUAGCUGUGUCUGCAGCACAAAAACAGUGAUCAAACAGAUGGUUAGGACAUUAUUUUUGUUUUCUUGUAGCAUUGAGAAACAUUGCUCUCAUGUCUGCGCUGAAAGACUUUGGAUGAAGAGGAAAGAGGAAGCUUGUUUCUAACAAAGACAAUGAUAAGAAUGCUCAAGUUUUCUUUUAUUUUCUCUGUUCAGUACUGUUCUUUGUGUGCUCAACUUUUAAAUAGAAUUCAAAGGCAUCC